GUUCACUAUCAGGUCAGGUGACCCAACUGUGAAGAUUCCAAAGCUCGCUCACGUACAAGCAGAGAAGUAAACAGAGACGCAUCAUGGAGGCCGCUGAUCCUCGCUCCUCGAGUGACGACGCGCCGACUAGCAGAGGCGGAUUCCCGGGUGGGGAGAGCAGCAGUGACCGGGACGGCGGGCGGUCCGGAGGGAGCGGCGGUGAGGGCGAGCGGGAGCAACGGGAAAGGGCGACGUUCGAGUGUAACAUCUGUCUGGACACCGCCAGGGACGCCGUGAUCAGUCUGUGUGGACAUCUGUUCUGCUGGCCGUGUCUCCAUCAGUGGUUGGAGACGAGGCCAAGCAGGCAGCAGUGUCCUGUGUGCAAAGCGGGAAUCAGCAGAGAUAAAGUCAUCCCUCUGUACGGCCGUGGCAGCACCAGCCAGGAGGACCCCAGAUUAAAAACUCCACCUCGACCUCAGGGACAGAGAACAGAGCCUGAGAGCAGAGGGUUUCAGGGUUUUGGUGAUACCGGGUUCCACAUGUCUUUCGGUAUCGGUGCUUUUCCUUUCGGCUUCUUCACUACGAUAUUCAACACCAACGACCCGUUCCACAGACCAGAUCCUCACUAUGCAGCCGAUCACCAAGGCAACGGGAACGUUAACAACGGCAACAACUGGCAAGACUCGCUCUUCCUCUUCCUCGCCAUCUUCUUCUUCUUCUGGAUGUUGAGUGUGUGAAUGUGUGAGCAAGAGAACGAGAGAGAUACGGAGAGAAAGAGAGAGAGAUGAUGUCAGGACUGACACACACACACAUACACACACAUACACACACACACACACACACACACACACACGCACACACACAGAUUGUCCAGGACAGAGGAACAGUAUUAAAGACAGUGGGAGUUUAAUGAUUUUUCCAUUAAAAAUAAUAAAGUAAUCGUCUGAUAAAUAACACACACACACACACACACACACACACACACACACACACACACACCUACGUCAUCAUCCCACUGUGUCAUCACUUCAGUUUCAUACCAAAGACAAUUCCACGUCACAUGUUAGCGUAUUAAGCUACAAUUGAUAAGCACAUUAGUGUAAGUAAAGUAUUAUUUACCCCU